GCAAAAGUUCGUGCCCCACAUGCCCUGGUGAUGACUUUCCUAUUCAAGAGCGGAAGUUUAAGAGAGAAAUUGAAGGCGAUUGCUCAGGCUACGUACACUCAUUCCCGGAACUUGGCCUAUUUUGUGUUCACCUACAAGGGGCUGAUGGCGCUGCAGGCCCGACUGCAGGGGAAGAAAAUCCCAUUUCAUUCUUUCUUUGCAGCCUGCAUUGGGGGUUGGCUGGUGUUUGGUGACAACAACCCCAUCAACAGCCAGAUCAUCAUGUACCUGCUGUCCCGGAUCCUGUUCGGCCUGUCUCGGCUGGCAGUGGAUAAGGGCUACAUCCCACAGCCAAAGCAGGAUCCCUUUCCUCUUGUUGCUGCUCUGAUCUGGGGGACAGUUCUGUGGCUCUUCGAGUACCACCGGCACACGCUGCAGCCCUCCCUGCAGUCCUCCAUGACCUACCUGUACGACGACAGCAACACGUGGCACGACAUCUCCGACUUCCUCAUUUAUAACAAAAGGACAGACAAGUAGGUGGGUCGUUGUAAAACACCUCUGAAUGGGAUGGCACCUUCUGGCAGCUAUCGGAAAAGGUUCUUCUGUUGCUCCUGACUGGUGAUUUAGUUAAAUUAACAGCUAUCAAGUAGAGUUGCCUCCUGUGUCCUGGUCAAAGUGUUCUGAUCAGUCUUCUCUUGGCCCUGUUUAACACAAGUAAAUACCCCACAGAAACUUGUUGCAGU